AUGAAUCGCAGGUUCUUUCCGGUCAUGAUGACGGGCAUGAUUCUGCCGAAAGGCAUUGUGUUUAAUAGGAACACUAUUUACGAGGAGAUAGCAAAGUACGAUAUCGUUCCACUAGAGCAGAUACAUGCGGCUUGUCAUGUCUUCACUACGACGUCCCGAGAACUCGUUGAUCCCACCGCGAGGCGGCUCGAGAAUUUCUGGACUCGCGUCCUCGGCGGCGACCGUCGCUACCUUCCCGGCAGAGUGAUUGCCCGGCUCUUCAAGAGUAUAUCCGAGGAGGAGAGCUUCGUCAAAUUACGUGGUCCGCCGAACCGAUAUGAGCCGCCUUCGCCCGAUUCGCAUGUCCAGACGCCGGUUGGGUUCAACGCAACCAAAUCCGAAACCCCUGGGGGUGGGCCGUCGAAACCAGCGUCAAAGGGCCCGGCCAAGAGUACGAAAAACGCGCCACCGUCGUCGACGAAGCAGCCACAUCCCAUUUUAAAGAAGCCUAGGGGGCCUUCAAGUUCCGGGCCGCGGCCUACGGCUCGAUUCGUGUCGCCUCCGGGAUCUGAUGGGGAGGACGGCGGUGACGGUGACGGCAAAGAUGCCGAACUCGGCUCGUCAGGGAGCACGGCCGUAAACACCAGCGGCGAUUCGAGGGGGUCUAACAACUCGAUAGUCAGAGAGGAAAAGAAGAAAGUGGCAAGCUCAGCAUCCAAGAAGAAGUCUGCUGCGUUCGUAGCUUCUACGACCACCAAGCGCAGGCCUGCCAUGCCGCGUCGUGGUAGCUCUCAACCCGCCACCGCGGCCGGUGGUUCCGAGAACGGAUCUAAAGAAGGAAGUCCUUCCUCUGGCUCGAGACAGCCUGUGCCACAGAACUCGGCUCCGAUGAUCACCGGAAAAUCGGGCCAAGCAGCGUCUUCGACGACGAAGGAAGGUGGUGAGCGAUUGAGCUCUAAGGCGGCGGGUAAACGUCCGGCGUCUCAGCCGCCCGAUAAACCUACCGCAUCGAAGCCCAGCGUCCCGAAGCUUAGCAUUGCACGGACGAGUACCGUUCGCAGCCAGUUAUCCGCGGCCUCGAGCGAAUCUCGUAGCGCGAAGCAGCCAGAGCCGGCAGCUCAUGGGAAAAGUCAGGCCCUUGUUAAGGACUUUGGCCGUACGAAGGUGGGCCAGGGUGGGACGGCCCAUAGACGGAGUGAUACGCAAGAACGACCACGUCCAAACAUCCCCCAGGCUAUGGCUCGUUCAAGGUCGGACACGGGCUCCUCGCGGCGCAGCUCACAGGACCUGACUCGUCGUGCUCCGCCUCAGAACUGGGUCGCGUCCAGUACAGCCCUCGUCGACACAGCUACUGCCCAAGGAACCAUUAUCGAAUUCGACGAGAAUCCAUCGGUCGCCGAAUCAAUCUCUGGGAUGUUGCGCGAGAAUGAAGAAGAUGUCGAGACUGGCACCCGAAGAUCAAGAAGUUUAGUACUCGAUACUCGAUUUACGCCUACGCAACCAAGCGCGACACCGGCCGUACCACUUGGUCGAUCCAAGAGCCAGCUCACCCUGCUACUCGAGCGCCAAGGCGAGAGGAAACCUCGCCGAUGA